AUGUCUCUCGCCAAAGUGAAGCUCUCCCUAAAGGAGAAACUGGACUUCUUCCCAGCCGUGGGCUCCAUCCUGGUCGCUUGCAUCUAUGCUAUUCUAACUGGUUUCUGGCGCACCGAGCGCCAAGCCAAGACUUUGUCUCUUCAUUUGGGAUAUGCGAUAUUCCGCAAGACGAGCGCGCGGAUGACUGCCAGUCAGAUGCAAUACCUCCUCCCCCCAGACCUCAAGAUCUAUGAACAAUACUCCAAGUCGACAGGCGGAGUGCCCGAGUCUGUUCAAUUGGGCGAUGGCGCAUUGGGCCACUGGGUGGGCGAUCGAAAUGCCGACAACGUGAUCAUCUGGUAUCACGGGGGUGGGUUCGGACUCCCCGCCAAUAUGGGCUAUUUCAAAUUCUAUGCCCAGCUGGUGCGCGAUCUCAAAGCAGCAGGCAAAAGCGUCGCGGUCUUCAGUCUGACCUACACGCUAGCCCCAAUCGCAGUCUACCCGACACAACUGCGACAAGCCGUGGACUGUCUACGAUACAUUCUCUCGCAACCAAACCGCGACCCGUCCACGGUGUUCCUGGGUGGCGACUCUGCAGGCGGGAACCUGGUUGGUGGAGUCCUCUCUCACCUGGCCCACCCACAUGCAGAGAUCGAUGUUCUGCCGCUGCACAGCAACCUGGGUGGCGCAGUAAUGAUCGCCCCCUGGACACUUCUCGAUACAGAAUUCCCGGGUGUCAAGGUCUAUGACGGCGGUGAUAUCAUCACCCAGGCAGUUGCGAGACCCUGGGCGACAGCCUAUAUUGGAUCUGGCAAGCGAGACUAUUACACUGAUCUGUCGACUGCACCCGCAGAUUGGUUUACCACUUUCCCAGUGAAUUCAGUUUUGAUUACGGGAGGCGGGAAUGAGAUCAUGUUGCCUUUGAUUCAGGACUUCGCGGGGAAAUUUAAAGCGGGCUUUGAGAAUGUGGAGUUGUUUGUCGGCCAAGGAGAGUGUCAUGUUGCGCCGGUUUAUCAUUUGGAGAUGAGAGUUAACACCAAGACGGAGCAGGGGAAGAAGGUGGAGGCAUUUUUGGCCGAGUUGAUGUAA